GUUAAAGUCUAAUCAUGAGCGGAAGAGGCAAAACCGGAGGAAAGGCCCGCGCUAAGGCCAAGUCCCGCUCCUCCAGGGCCGGGCUGCAGUUCCCAGUGGGCCGUGUGCACAGGCUGCUCCGUAAAGGCAACUACGCGGAGCGCGUCGGCGCCGGAGCUCCCGUGUACCUGGCGGCCGUGCUCGAGUAUCUGACCGCUGAGAUCCUGGAGCUGGCGGGAAACGCGGCUCGUGACAACAAGAAGACCCGCAUCAUCCCCCGCCACCUGCAGCUGGCCGUCCGCAACGACGAGGAGCUCAACAAACUGCUGGGAGGAGUGACCAUCGCUCAGGGAGGCGUGCUGCCCAACAUCCAGGCUGUGCUGCUGCCCAAGAAGACCGAGAAGGCCAAGUAAAGACGCCCCGAGACUCGACUCACAACAACGGCUCUUUUAAGAGCCACGCACUCUCAGAAAAGAACAAACUUGUUAAUAUCUUGAAGACAUUGCAGUGUAUUCCUUAAAAUCACCCUAGUGUUUUCAAUUUUCCCGUGGAUAAUAAUCGGACUUCGUUGUUCGUUUGUUCUUUACAUGUUCUCAUAAAACUGAGUUCACAUCGUUCUCACAGUAACAUACAAACUAAGCCCAAAGCCAAGAUGGCAGCGGCCCUCAAGAAGUAGAGUCCCCGCUCACAAAGUGAACUAACAACGGCUCUUUCCAGACUCCUCACUGUCAUUAAAACCGCUUUUUUCACCGUGCACGUCAGACUAAACCUUUAUUGUACUGAAGAGUGUGUGGAGAGGAAAUUAACACUAAACAAGGAACAGAAACAUGUGUGGUGACGGAAUUAAGACGAUAACCCGUGGAACACCACUAAUAACUGAAUCAAAUCAAACAAAG